AUGCACGUUCGGUGGCGCCGCGACGCUCCCUGAAUUAACUUUGUUUUUCCGUUGGGUUCUGUGACCGGCGGCUUAGCGCGGCAUCAUUUUCUACUAGAGUCAAAUUGGCCCAAUUUGGAGUUUUAUAGAAGAACAUAAGUUUGAAGAAGUAAGGUGUGAAAAGGACAGCAUGAACUUUACCCCCACAUGUACCCCUGUCUGCAGAAAGCCGAGAACUCUUCCCAAGCAUGGUGCUGCGUGUGGCUUCAGUGAUUCUACCAGGUGGAAGGGAGUGUCUUUCUCAGAUUCAGUGGAGUCAACUCCUUUGCCUUCCAUCGAAGAUCGCCUGGCUCUUCUUUGCCCUUCUCAGGAGCUUCUGGAAUAUUAUCAAAAGAAGAUGUCUGAAUGUGAGGCAGAAAAUGAGGACCUACUGAAGAAACUGGAGCUGUACAAAGAAGCUUGUGAAGGACAGCGCAAAAUAGAAUGGGAUUUGCAGCAGAGGGAAGAAGAGAUUGCUGAAUUGCAGAAAGCUCUAAGUGAUAUGCAAGUCUGCCUCUUCCAGGAACGGGAACAUGUUUUGCGCCUCUACUCAGAAAAUGAUCGAUUGAGAAUCAGGGAGCUGGAAGACAAGAAAAAGAUUCAGAAUCUCUUGGCUCUUGUGGGAACAGACACUGGAGAAGUGACCUAUUUUUAUAAGGAGCCUCCCAACAAAGUCAGCGUUCUCCAAAAGACUAUCCAGACUGUAGAUAUUUGUGUACAGAAUGAAUCUUCAGCUUUCAAAGCAGAUUCUAAAGUAAGCAAAAGAAAACCAGCAAUGAGAGAGAAAGAAGAAACUGAGCAGUAUCAAAGAGACAUACAAACUCUCAUCCUACAGGUGGAAGCCCUGCAGGCUCAGCUGGAAGAACAGACCAAGCUUUCUAGAGAGCAAGUUGAAGGGCUCAUGGAGGAUAGACGGAUCCGCAUUGAGGAAAUACAAGUUCAUCACCAAAGAAAUCAGGACAAAAUCAAAGAGCUUACCAAAAAUCUCCAUCACACCCAAGAGCUGCUCUAUGAGAGCACCAAAGACUUUUUGCAACUCAGAUUUGAAAACCAAAAUAAGGAGAAGUCAUGGAUGCUUGAAAAGGAUCAGUUGAUGUCAAGGAUUAAGCAAUACAGGGCACAGAGUAAGAAGAAAGAAGAUAAAAUUGGAAAAGGUUGGCCAGUUGUUCAUGAGAGUCAUCGCAAGCAAUGUGAAUAUAUUAAGUGCCUAAAGGAUAAGUUAAUACAAGAGAAAAAGCUGUCCAACAUGUACCAAGAGCAGUGCAUUUCCCUAGAAGAAGAACUUGCCCGAAUUCGUGAGGAAGAGGGAAUGAGGAGAGAGAUCUUCAAGGAUCGCUCUAACAAGAUGGGGAAGCGUUUACAAGUAAUGACAAAACGCUAUGAGGCCUUGGAGAAUCGGCGUAUGUUGGAAGUAGAAGGCUUUAAGACGGAUAUUAAGAUUCUCAGGCAGAAACUGAAAGACUUGGAACAAAUGCUCUAUAAGGCAACAGUUAAUGCUCGGGCAAACCAGGAUCUUGCUAUUCUGUGUGAGGUUCGUGACAGCAAUAAACGAGCACAUAAAAUACAAGGAGAACUGAAGAACCUAAAGUCCAAACUAUUUGGUCUGGAGAAUGAACUUAGACUCUGUUGAUAUUUACUUUUAGAAAUGGCCUUGGUCUGUAGUGAGUUUUUGUGUGUGUGUGUGAAAUCUGAGAAAAAUAUCAUCUCCCAGAAACUGUGGGCAGAGUUGACUAGAAUGGUGGUACCCAUUAUUAUAAAGACAGGAUGAAGAAUCAGGGACCACUAAAAAAGCCAUUCUUGCAUUGUAAACUUUAUAAUUUUUGCUGUCCUAUUCACCAUUUUUGCUUUUUUAUAUGUGUGUUUUGUGUGGGGUUUUUUGGUCUUGAUUAUAACCUAAAUUACUCAGAGACCACAUAUUUUUCCCAUUUAUAAUGAGAGUUUUUUAUUUUUUAAGAAGACAGUGACCGUGAAAACUUAGGAAGGAAGGAUGUUUGCUAUGAGCAUGGCUGAGUGUCAUAAGAGAAACACUUUCAUUGAGGAGACAAAGGUAUCCACCCAAAUGGCCUUCUCUUAGGCAGAGGGACAACCGUGGAGCGCGAAUAGGCAGUAAUGCUAUGUAAUUGUCUUCAGUUGAGAGUUGGGAGGCCUGAGUUACUUUUAUGGACACCCAAUCUCAAAGUUUCACCAGAGGGCGAUAGAGACCCUGCUCUUAAGCAAAAUGUAUUGAGGAAAAUAAAGUUGCCACUUUGGUUAAGAGGGAGUAAAAAUUUAAUAAUCCUUGUAUGAAAAGUUCAGCAUUGUACCAAUAACAUUUUUAAAUAAUUUAAAUAUUUUAAAUUAACUAUUUUUCAAUAAAAUAUGUAAUUGAAAAUA